AACAGAACCGAAGAACAGAGAGCAAGAAAAGAAGCCUAACAGCAACUGCUAGUGCCAAAAGGCAAGAUGGAGGGAGAGAGGUUUGAAAACAAUGUAGGAAUGAGUGAAGAGCUCAUACAGAAAGCUUGUUGUCUAGCCAUGAAAGCUCACAAAUCUACUGGGAAGCCUUAUCUCUCCGAGAAGAGUCACAGCCCGUCUGUGACCAUCUUUGGCUUUGCUGGAUCGUGGUCUAUGGAUGAUUGGUUCAGUCGAAAGCCUUUUAGAGACAUGAAAGUCAACCGGGAAUUUUCUCCAUCUCUCAGAAGCAUUGGCAACGAUGAAAUCGCGACGGUGAAUGAGGCAUUUUAUAAUAGAUUCGAAGAAAUUAAAGCAAAAUCAUCGCUGGAAGUUGAGGUAUAUAAAGCAGUUUCAGAGAGAAGACAGAUUGUGUUUGCAGGGCACUCCUCAGGCGGUGCAAUAGCCAUCCUUGCAGCCGUUUGGUUCUUAGAGAAAUACAUAAGAUCACACACCACUACAAUUCCUCCGAAAUGUGUGACAUUUGGGUCCCCACUUGUCGGUGAUCGGAUUUUCCAACAUGGUCUCGGGAGAGAGAAAUGGGCUCCUCACUUCCUCCAUUUUGUGCUGAGAUAUGAUAUUGUCCCCCGUAUAAUGCUCGGUCCCGUCUCAUCCAUUGAACAAGAACUCCUACCAAUUCUUGAUCUCUUCAAACCGAAAUCCUCAUCGUUUGAGCAAGAAUUCAGUGGCAUAUCCAGUAUAGCUUCAACUUUUUUUAAGACUGUCAUGAUGAAUGCGUCAUUAGUUGCUAGCCAUGCUGCUUGUAAUCUUAUGGGAUACACAAAUUUGCUGUUGGAAACCGUCUCUAGCUCCAUUGACGUUAGCCCUUAUAGACCUUUUGGUACCUAUAUCUUCUGCACUGGAAAUGGAAAACUGGUUGUUUUGAGGAAUCCGGACGCUAUCCUUCAGUUGCUGUUCUACAGUGCUCAGCCAAGCUCUGAAGCAGAAGCAGCAGGAGUUAUUUAUAAAAGCUUCAGAGAACAUCUGAUUUAUGAAGAUGAAGUGAAAGAAAGCUUAAACAUGCAAGAUGUGGUUUAUCUAGAUUAUUCAGACGAUAUGGCAACAACAGACGCAGUCCUCAAUGACCUUGGCCUGAACACAGGAGCUAGAUUGUGUCUUCAAGCUGCUGGAGAGACGGAGAAGAAAAAGUUGCAAAACCAGGAAAAGACAAAUUCACUUAAGGUCAUCAUUGAAAAAGGACUAACAAAGAUUCAAGUUUACCAAGCCGAGUGUGUAGCACGCAACGUGGGUUCUUAUGAUGCCUUCAAGAUUCACAAAUAUGACAGCGACUUCUAUGCCAAUGUGACGAGGGUCGAGCUGACAGACGCGUGGGAUCCCAUCAUUGAAAUGUUAAAAAAGUAUGAACUUCCAGAUGACUUUGAGGGCCAGAAAGAGUGGAUAGAGCUAGGAACCAGGUAUAGGCGAGUGGUUGAGCCUCUAGACAUUGCCAACUACUACAGACACUUUAAGGGUGAUGACACUGGACCUUACUUGAUUAAGGGUAGGCCAAAACUUUACAGAUACACACAAAGAUGGCGAGAGCACGCUGAGAGAAUGCCAGUUGGAUCGAGCUCGGAGUCAUGUUUCUUGGCUGAGGUGGAGGAAUUAAGAACAAAGGCAUUUGAUGAUGUGAAGGGGAGAAUUCUGACCUUAGAGAAACAAGUACUCAAUUGGGUUCGUGAUGGGGAGCUACGCAACGACAUUUUCUUGGAUGAAUCAACCUUUGUCAAGUGGUGGAAAAUGCUUCCUCCUCAACAUAGAGCAGCAUCCUGCAUUUCAGAGUACAUGAGCGGUUAGGGAAGGUCUUUUUCUUACUUGGUGACCUUCUUGAGAAUAACUCAGAUUAGCUCCACAGCUAAGCUCAAAGGCUUGACUCUGUCUUCACAACCUGCAUCUGUUCAUGUAAACACAACAAAAAUGUUCCAAUGUUCGGUUUUGUAGCUUUGUUUGUGUCUCUCUUUCAGCUAGUUUGUUACUUGCUUCACUGCUUUGUUGUACUUUAUUCAUAACUCUAGUUGUACUUGUUUUGCGUUCCAAUGAAAUUCUUCCUUUCGCCAAAGCAUUAAAGAGUUCAUAAAAACACAAAAGAUCUCUCUAUAGUGUAUGGAACAUCUUGCAUAUGCUAGGGGAAAAAAAAGGCAUUAGCUGGCCAAAAUUUGCUGCAAUCAUAUAGGCACCCGCAACAUGAUGGAGAAUCUUGCAUUCUUACCAUCACCGCCUGAUUUGUGCUCCUGUUUCCAUCUUUCUUCUUUCCAAAACAUCUCCAAAAGAUUUUCAAAUGAAAUAUCUGACCUUACUUUCAAACACAUCCUGUUCAAUUGCAAAACUGUUCGCGUCAUUUCUUUCUCCUCUAAAAUUCAACCAAUCUGCCAAACAACAAAUCUUCUUAUUAAGGCAGGUGCGACAAUGGAAUACAGAUACCGAUAAUGACCUUUUUCAUGAUGGAGUGACCUUUUUCUCAUACAACUACAGAGGGCUAAAGUGGAUCAAGAUGGUGGAGAGAUCAUUUUGAUUUCCAAUUGUUUUCAUCUUUCAGUCAUUUCCACCUAGGAGAGCCAAAUAUGAUUCCCAAGGAUCAUGCAAAUGAUGAACCACAAGCAAAAAACAAGGCAAGUUUGAGAGCAUGACCCAGACAGAUGGAGACAAAAUAUGUUCUCAUCACAACAUGAGAAAUCAGAAUUGUAUAACAUAAGAAACCACAUUACUUAUCAGUUACAGAAAAAGAUUGUUUAAUAUGAGCUACCAGACGCAAAGGCUUUUUUUUUUCUACAGUGUUAUAGAAGAAAUUAGAAAUUAAGGAGAAUUUUAGUCUCAAGUGCCACCCAUCAAAGCAGUUUGAUGGUUGUCGGCACCAAGAAAGGACAAGCGAUGACGAGAACUACAAAAGAUAAAAACUCAGUGUGAAACAAACUAGAACCUUGUGAAACAAAAAAGAACCUCAAUAUCAAAACUAAGGCCUCAAGAGCUACCUCAUCAAUUUUUUGGCCUGGAGUAACUUCACAAAAUUUUAAGACUCAAGGGCUCCCUUAGCAAACCAUAGCUACCAAAAAACUUGCAAAGUAGUUCAAGUUUUAGACCUCAAAAUUUAUACUGCUCCAUUUUAAUUCAAGAACAAACUAAUCAUAGUGAGAAUACCCUAUUUGAAAGUAUGAACAAGCAUCCAGAGCUGAAUCACCUAUGGCUCUACCUAUCAGCUAAUAAAUUUUAUACACCAUACAACAUCUGUGAUAUAGAAACGGUGUCUUUUAUGGUCUUAAUUAUUUUACUUAUAUAGACUUAAGCAAUGAGAUGCACAAGUUCAUAUAAAAAAUGGCAUGCUCAAGUCAACCUCAUAUCUUAACAAGAAUAGCCCUCCAAACAUCGCAAGUGCUUCCAGAGUUGAAUCGCCAGUUGCGCAAAUGUAAUCAGCAAAAGCAAUUUAUAUAACAACAGACAUCUGGGACAUCAAAAAACAAGAUAUAUCUUUUGUUCGUCCCUAUAUAUUCAUAUAGUUCAAAAGUGAAGUGCACAAUCAACACCACAGGAGGAGAAAAUCAUAUUGCAAUGAAUUUGAUGUAUUCACUUUCUACAGCACUUUAUCUAUUCACAAAGCAACAAGUCCUCUAUCUCAGCACAUGCACUGUACAUAGAUGGACCAAAGCAAAGUCAUAAGAGAACCAGCCUAAUAACACUUGGCAGUCUAUGCUUCAAAAUGACAAUACCUACAUGAAAUUUAUUACUACGAAAAUUGGAGACUAGUGGUAAGCAAACACGCAAGAACCAAAAUAAGCGACCCAACAAAUAUAUUCAAGGAACACAGAUACUCUUCCUAAGACCUCGUGAUCAUGCUGCAAGAACGAGCUAACCGAAUUGUCAGGCUGCCUCCAUCCAAGGAUGCUUCUCCCUCUAAAGAAUCACAUUUAUACUGCUUCCUACAACCUGGACA